UCGUAUUACUUUUCAUAUGAGCGUUUCGUCUAUAUGUUGACGGAUAGUGGAAGGGGUUUGGUAUGUCCCUCGCGCACAUCAACUCUGAGCCCUCUACUGACCGUGAAAGAGCAUGUGUACUCCUAAUCCUGGAUUAUUAAGAACAAUAAUCUCAAUUUAAGACUUGGCGUUAGAAGGUUAGGGUUAGGGUAACACAACGCCAUUUAUUACGUCGUGUUGAGCAGCGUGGACCAUACCAAUAGACAUGUGUCUUUUCAGACUAGCAGUUCAUGUUAUUGUGAUGCUAAUUGUUAGCCUCAGCUUCGUCUCUUCCAAUGAUGUCUUUACGUUCAUAAGGAUGGGGAAUUUCACAUCCUCCACUCCUGCAAGUCUGUCCAGCACAGCCAGUGUGCGGUACGUUCAGGAAAUUGUGUCACAGCAUUGUGUUGUGAUAUUUUCUAAGACCACUUGUCCCUAUUGCAAAAUGGCCAAGAAUGUGUUCAAUGAAAUCGGUGCAACCUACAAAGUGAUUGAACUGGAUCAACACAGUGAUGCAGGGCGAAUGCAAGAUGCCUUGACUCAGAUCACUGGUGCCAGAACGGUGCCGAGAGUCUUCAUUAAUGGAAACUGCAUCGGCGGCGGCUCCGAUACCAAACAGCUCCAUCAGCAGGGAAAGUUGGUGCCCUUGAUCGAAACGUGCGCCCCCUGCUGCGCUGCGUCCAGCUCUGAAGGCUCGGGCAGCGGACAGUUUGAGUCUGCUAAAUGACUAACCGUUUUUGUAGUAUUUUACAAUCACAUAUUUAUUACAUGUUUUCACAGUCUUGUUGGACAAUAGGCUACUUGAGUUUGAUUGGGAUUUAUGUGCAUUGGAUAUUUGAUUUUUCCGUCCAGAGUUGUAAAGUACAUUUAUUAAAGUUGCUGUCUUUUAAACAGAGUGUGUACAUGCAUACAAGUCAAAAUACUUCCAAUACAUCUUUUCUGCAUGGUUUUACAGUAUCACACUCGGACACACAUUACCUCUCGAAGCAUCAAGCUUCAUCAAACUGAUCAUGUUGCUGUUUGAACUUUCUUUAUGGCUUUAUUUGUUUUAUCUUUAUUUUGUUGUCUUGAUGCACACAUUGUACUUGUCAUGAUUUACAGUUAUAGUGAAUUGGUCACCUAACCCAUGUACAAGUAUAUGAACAUUCUUAAGAAACAUUUGUUAUUUGUUCAUAUGGUAAGGAAAGUAUUGGCUUGAAAAAUUUCUUGUCAGCAUCUUUCAUAAUAAUGCCUUUGAUGUUGAUUUUAUUUUUUAUUUUUUUGGAGAUCAUUGGAAAAUCACUGGUGUUUAUUUUAUGAAUAUAAACAUUAGCAAGCAAUUGUAUGAGGUCACAAACGAACGUAUUUAAUGAAUAAACUGAAUCCAUUUAGGUACAUUUC